GACAAGUCUACCCCCAGGCAUCUUCGUACGCUAUUCCGAUAUGCAGAUCGACUUGUUUAAAGUGCUCAUUAUCGGACCCAAAGACUCGCCGUACGGCUACGGGUUAUUCGAGUUCGACUUGUGGUGUGAACCAAGCUGGCCCACAGCACCACCCAAAAUGCUGUUCAAGACGACAGGUGGCGGCCUUGCAAACUUCAAUCCAAACCUAUACAAGAACGGCAAAGUCUGCUUGUCUCUCCUGGGUACCUGGCCGUAUGGCGAGGUAUGGAACGAGAAGCUAUCGACGCUGCAGCAACUUCUGCUCAGCACGUGGGCAUUCAUAUUCUGCGAGGAGCCACUAUGUAACGAGCCAGGCGACGAGAAAGAGCACGGCGGGCCAGAGUCGAAACUCUAUAAUAUCAAUACGUAUGCGCUAACGGUCAAAUACGCAAUGCUGCCAUGGCUCCGAGGGCAAGGAAGCCCCUUGUGGAACGACGUUGUGCGUGAGCAUUUUACGCGAAACAAGACAGAUAUCAUUCAAAAGGUUGAGCACUGGACAGAUCUGGCGAGAAGUCGCGUGGCCCAGCGAGGAUUUCAUCCGCAUAAUAGAGAAAACAGAGGCGGAGUGGCAUCAGAGCUUCCAGGUUUAUUGACGCAAUUGAAGACGGCGAUUGGUAAACCGAUACCAGCACAACACAGGCCACAACAGAUGCCAACAUUUCCACAGCAGCAGUUUGGCUAUCAAGGAGGUCAACAAGGAGGGCAUUUUGGUGCACACAGUGGUGGCUAUGGCGGAGGAUACGGUGGUGGUUAUGGUCCAGGAUACGGCCACGGUGGGCACGGAGGAUUUUAUUGAUUCUAUACCAUGCAAGCGCGAUACAUGACUAACAAACACAAUCAGA